GCCCGCGCAGCGCUCAGAGCGGGGCGGCCCUUCCUUCCCCGCGGCUGGCGCUGGGCGCAGCGAGGACAGCGGAGGGCGGCGGGCGGGCGGGCGGCGCCACUCUCUGCGCCCGGGGCGGCGCGGCCAUGGCCGGGGCGCGCGGGGCGGCGGCGGGCGGGCGGCGGCGGGCGGAGGGGGCGCGGGGACACGGCCAGGCGCCCCUGCCCGCCGCGGUGCCCGCCGCCUGAAGGAGGCUGCCCGUGGGCGCGGAGCCGGCGCGGGCGCGGGAGGCCACUCGAGGCGCGAUGUCGGUGCCGCUGCUCAAGAUCGGGGUUGUGCUGAGCACCAUGGCCAUGAUCACCAACUGGAUGUCCCAGACCCUGCCCUCGCUCGUGGGCCUCAACACCACCCGGCUCUCGGCGGCCAGCGGCGGGACGCUAGACCGCAGCACCGGCGUGUUGCCCACCAACCCUGAGGAGAGCUGGCAGGUGUACAGCUCUGCCCAGGACAGCGAGGGCAGGUGUAUCUGCACAGUGGUUGCCCCCCAGCAGACCAUGUGUUCACGGGAUGCACGCACCAAACAGCUGAGGCAGCUACUGGAGAAGGUGCAAAACAUGUCUCAAUCCAUAGAAGUCCUGGACAGGCGGACUCAGAGAGACCUGCAGUAUGUGGAGAAGAUGGAGAACCAGAUGAAAGGUCUGGAAUCCAAGUUCAAACAGGUGGAGGAGAGUCAUAAACAACACCUGGCCAGGCAGUUCAAGGCAAUAAAAGCGAAAAUGGAUGAACUUAGGCCUUUGAUACCUGUGUUGGAAGAGUACAAGGCCGAUGCCAAAUUGGUAUUGCAGUUUAAAGAGGAGGCCCAGAAUCUGACGUCAGUGCUUAACGAGCUGCAAGAGGAAAUUGGCGCCUAUGACUACGAUGAACUUCAGAGCAGAGUGUCCAAUCUUGAAGAAAGGCUCCGUGCAUGCAUGCAAAAACUAGCCUGUGGCAAGUUGACGGGCAUCAGCGACCCUGUGACCAUCAAGACCUCUGGCUCAAGGUUUGGAUCCUGGAUGACGGACCCUCUGGCCCCAGAAGGUGAUAACAGGGUCUGGUACAUGGACGGUUACCACAACAACCGCUUUGUCCGAGAGUACAAGUCCAUGGCGGACUUCAUGACCACGGACAACUUCACAUCACACCGCCUCCCACACCCCUGGUCAGGCACGGGCCAGGUGGUGUACAACGGCUCCAUUUACUUCAACAAGUUCCAGAGCCACAUCGUCAUCCGCUUCGACCUGAGGACAGAAACCAUCCUGAAGACGCGCAGCCUAGACUAUGCCGGCUACAACAACAUGUACCACUACGCCUGGGGCGGCCACUCGGACAUCGACCUCAUGGUGGACGAGAACGGGCUGUGGGCCGUGUACGCCACCAACCAGAACGCCGGCAACAUUGUCAUCAGCAAACUGGACCCCGUGUCGCUGCAGGUGCUGCAGACCUGGAACACGAGCUACCCCAAACGCAGCGCCGGCGAGGCUUUCAUCAUCUGCGGGACCCUCUACGUCACCAACGGCUACUCGGGUGGCACCAAGGUCCACUACGCCUACCAGACCAACGCCUCCACCUACGAGUACAUCGACAUCCCCUUCCAGAACAAGUACUCCCACAUCUCCAUGUUGGACUACAACCCCAAGGACCGAGCGCUCUACGCCUGGAACAACGGCCACCAGAUCCUCUACAAUGUCACGCUCUUCCACGUCAUCCGGUCUGACGAGUUGUAGCUGCCUCCUCUCACAUGCCCCUCCCCCCCACUUCAACACACACACACACACACCCGGAAGUCCAGGGUCCAAGUCCUCACCCACAUGGAAAUUUCCAGUGAAAACAGCUGCCAAAAUACUAUGGACCACCAGGCUUGAGAUCCUGAUUUGGAAAACUAAAUAAACAAAUGAGUAGGAAUCAUCAGCAGUGUGGCAUUUGAACCCCUCUCCUCUUCCCUCCCCUCCCCAGUCACAGCGCCCCCUCCCAACUCCUUUUCUGCAGUGGAAGCCGGAGAGAAGACCCCCACCUCCCUCAUUCUUUGCAGCUGGAACUGCACUCUGGGGCUCCUGGUUCACCCCACCCCCUGCCAUGGCCCCCUUACUGGUCAAAUCACAUCCUAAGACUAAGGCACUGACUGUUGGCCCACUCUCGCCGCUGUUAGGACUGCAUGGACACUUCCUUAGAUGGUGGUCAGCACCGGUGGACGUGGCCGUUCCGGGUCACUCGGUCGCCAUAGGCUAGUUUACCUCGCCCCCCACCCCCACCUCACAGCUGUGUGUUGUGUCUUAGAUUAACCAAGCUGAGAACCCAGAGUAGACCGUGGACCGUGUCUAGCACCCCCUCAGCAAUGGUGGGAGCGUGUGGCGUGCACAGCUGCUGUACCCACCUCCUCCCUGGUGUUUGAACUCUUGUAUCCUGUAGGUAUCUCGUGCAUCUGUUAAUUCCUUGAGGUGGUAACUUUCGUCCGUUCGGUUUAUGCAAUGAACUUUGUGAAUGCAGUGCCGUAGUUAUGGUUCAUACGUGGAUGGGGUUUUGUUGUUGUUGUUGUUGUUGUUGUUGUUUCGCAAAAGAAAAAAAAUCAGUGUUCACCCUUAUAGAGAGAUAAUCAAGUCCGUGUUGAUAGUGAUCCAAGGAAUUCUUCUUUUCUUGUUACAAUUAUCUGGAUGAUGUAACCACGAGUGUAAAGGGCUUAUCAAGAUACACGUUGGUUUCCAGUGGGGAAGGAAUGUUCCUGAAGGCACCUGUGUGUGGAAAGGAUGAUUUUUUAAGUCGGAGAGAGGGAAACUUUGUACUCUCCAGUUAUCUAAGGAACAAUAAAAAUGUUAGGAGAUGUUU